UGCCGCCUUGUGGAGCCGUGGAAGGAGAGAAGCGAGCGAGCGGAGCAGAGGCGAGCAGAAUCAUGUAAUUGACAAGGCUGCGCCAGUGAAAUCGACACAGUGCCCAGACAAGGAUCGCGCCAGUCACCAAGUGGUCUUUGCUUUAUUUUUGGGGGGGUUUACUUCCACUUCAGAAGAAACAGAUCAAAGUUUGCUUCUUCUAGACAUUUGUCAACGAAAGAGAGAAACAUCAAGCCUCGCGCAAGCCAGGAUUAAUCAGAAAUUAUGUCCCGAUCAGCGCCAGUACAACCGGCAAGAUGAUGUUAAGGGAAGCUAAGUUGGUGUUUGUGCUCUUGGUAGUGGCGGUAGCAAGUUUGGUGUCCGUUUGUGCCAAGGAGACUGCCUUUGUGGAAGUAGUGCUUUUCGAGUCCAGUCCCAAUGGUGAAUAUACAACUUUUACAACGGACUUGCAAGGCCGAUUCUCUCGGGCAGGAGCCACGAUCAGCGCGGAGGGAGAGAUUGUGCAGAUGCACCCAUUGGGACUAUGCAACAACAAUGAUGAGGAGGACCUGUACGAGUAUGGAUGGGUGGGAGUGGUGAAGCUGGAACAACCGGAACUGGAUCCCAAACCCUGCCUCACUGUGCUGGGCAAGGCAAAGCGGGCAGUCCAGAGAGGAGCAACUGCGGUCAUCUUUGAUGUGUCCGAAAACCCAGAUGCCAUUGACCAGUUAAAUCAAGGCUCGGAGGACCCGUUAAAGCGGCCUGUGGUUUAUGUCAAGGGUGUUGAUGCAGCGAGAUUAAUGAACAUUGUUAACAAGCAGAAAGUGGCUCGGGCACGAAUCCAACAUCGGCCACCACGGCAGCCCACAGAAUACUUUGAUAUGGGAAUCUUCCUGGCUUUUUUUGUGGUGGUUUCCCUUGUCUGUCUGGUUUUACUCAUUAAAAUCAAGCUCAAACAACGCAGGAGUCAGAGUUCAAUGAACAGGAUGGCUCUCCAGGCACUCGAGAAGAUGGAGACAAGAAAAUUCAAAUCAAAGAGCAAAGUUUCUCGAGAAGGCAACUGUGGUGCCUCGGAUACCCUGAGUAGUAGCUCCACUUCGGACUGUGCCAUCUGCUUGGAGAAAUAUGUUGACGGAGAGGAGCUGCGCGUGAUCCCCUGCACUCACCGGUUUCACAAGAAGUGUGUGGACCCCUGGCUGCUGCAGCAUCAUACAUGUCCACACUGCAGGCACAAUAUUAUCGAAAGGAAAAAGGAGAGCAGUGGCUCUGUGUGUGUCGAGGCCGAGGGUCAAGGCCGCAGCAGGCAGCGAGUGGUGCUCCCCGUCCAUUACCCUGGGCGUGUGCACAGGACAAGCCAGCUGACCACCUAUCCCACCAGGACUAGCAUGGACACACGCGGAAAUCCCGUCACGGUGCUCACGGUGGAGCAGCACGGUGACCAGGGGCUGUACCCAGCGCAGUCAGGGGCGUACGUACGGAGCUACCCGCCCGUCCGCCUGGACCACGGCUUGGGCGCCCACCGUUGCAACGUGGAGCAUCGCGCGUUCCCUCAGGCCCACACCUUCCGGAGGGCCAGAAUGAACGGACGGAAUUACUCGAGGGCCCCUUGUUUUUCCCAGUACGAGACCAUGUAUCAGCACUACUUCAUCCAAGGACUGAGCUACCCGCAGGCCGAACCCCAGCCGGGCCUCCUCAGCCAGAAGGGGCUCUCCCGCGCCUUUCAGGCCGGCGGCAGCAUGCUGUACCCCACCGUGGUCCACAUCCCUCCGUCGUCCCACCUAGACGGGGGCAGCAGCUCCAGCUUCAGCUGUUACCACGGCCACCGGUCGGCCUGCAGCGGCUACCUGGCUGACUGCCCGGGCAGCGACAGCUCCUGCAGCAGCAGCGCCAGCUCGGGCCCCUGCCACUGCUCCUCCAGCGACUCCAUGCUGGACUGCACGGAGGUCAGCAACCGGGGAGUCUACGGUAGCUGUUCUACCUUCCGCAGCUCCCUGAGCAGUGACUAUGACCCGUACGUCUACCGGAGCCGCAGCCCGUGCCGCGCCGGCGAGAGCCUGCUGACGGGAGGGCCGCAGGAGGAGGAGGAGGAGGAGGAGGAAAUGGACAGCGGUGGCGGCCUGCCAAAAUACGGCUGCCACUCCCCCGACACGGGACCCCGGGCCUCUCCCGGGGAUCAGCUCUCAGACUGCAGCCUGGACAUGAAUUAUAGCAGCAGCUCCUCGCUGGAGGACAGGGGCCCGGCUGCCCCGGAGGACAGGAGCAGCGCGGCCGAGCAGGCCUGUGCCCGUUGCCUAGAAAUGCCAGCUGCUGGCUGCAAGGGGGCAGAAGGCGGCCUCUCCCCACCGCUCUGCGGGCCUUGCCAGAGGACUGCAUCGCCGAUGUUGUACAGCGUCAACGCUGGCCGCUGUUUUCACGAGGAGAAACGGGCGCGCGGCCCGGCCCAGGACUGCACCGUCAGCAUGAGGAAUGCCCAGGCUGACGAGAGCCCGCACAGCCCCAGGGCCACCCCCUCCUCUCCCUCCUUGCCCCUCAGCAGCUGUGAACUGGCCCAGCGCAUCAUCAGCAUCCCUGAGGACACGGGCGGCGCCUUCCACAACAUUUGCUCUCGGCUCCGCGAGUCCACCGUGAGGGACAGCUCAGAGGGGUCCGGACCAUCCCUGCUAGAGAAAGAGUUUGUCACUGAACAGAACAUCUGAUAUUUUUUAAUAUAUAUAUAAAAAAAGUAUAUAUAUAUGUGUGUGUGUAAAUAAGUACGGAGAUACGGGAAGCAAUCAAUAAAACUCCAAACCCAGUCCUUAACCGACUGUUUUAGCUUUGACAAAACACACAGAAGUGAUAAUAUGGAGAAAGACACCAAAUCCGAUGCAUCUUCCCACGACUGAGUUCGUGCUGCUUGUCUUGUGAGAUCAAGAUCUGCUGUUAUUUAAAACCCUGCUGCCCUUCGUGGCAAGGCAACAAAACUACUGUUGUCGAGGAACAUCAGGAAUAAACUUUGAUCUGUUGUCCAAGGGACUUUUGAGCCUUCUACAUGCUCAGGGUUACGGUUGCCUUAGUAAGUCAGCAAUAUGAAAUGUAAGAAGAGCAAACAGAGAAAGGGUGGGGGGGAAAAUGAGGCUGCCGAAGGGAAAAUUGGAGGGAGGGAAAACAAGUUGGGUUGGGGAUGGGGAGGGAAGCGACAGCCAUUUUCAUGGCUGUUACUGAAUGUUUUUCACUGUGCUGUAUCAAGAGAACCCAGAUUAGCUAUAACAAGCACUCAUGGAAGCCAAGGAGCAAGCUGAGUGACACAGCAAUGGUUGAGUUAAUGUUUAGUGCACCCAUAUUGAAAGGCACCACAGUAGAGUUUUAUGUACACAAUAAUGCCUUUACUGCCUGACCAAUCCAUGCAAAGUAACAAUUUUGUUGGGUACUUAAGGCACUAUUUUAUAUUUGUAGCACUUAAAAAGAUUUGUCUGAAAUUUCUUGUAAAGAAUUAUAAAAUGGUCAAGAGUUCCCUCCGUCAUUACCAGUUUUUUUUUCUAACGUGUUAAAAAGGCUAGAAAUUGUCUGUGUAUAUUCUGUAUAUGUAUAGCGGCACAUUUCAUUUAUGGAAAUAUGUUCUCAGAAUAUUUAUUUACUAAUAUAUUUAUCUUAAGCCAUGUCUUAUGUGGAGAGUGUAUGACAUAAUGAAAUAAUCAUUGGAAAAUCACUAACAUGGGACCUUGUAAAUACAUGAUAAUUGCACACAAAGAUUAAAUAUUCUCUGACCAAAAAACUGAUUUUAAAUUUUAGUACUAUACAGUUUUGUAACAAAAAAAAUGUACAAAUGUCUGUGAAAAAUACAGUUUUAUCAAGUAAAUCUUUA